AUGUCUCAAAGAAAAUCAUUAACCCAAGCACAUAUAAAGACAGUUCUGAUCUCUGAAGGUAGAGGAAAAUUCAAAAGAUGUUAGUUGUGUUAAAAGGAAUUUGGGUUGUUGAAACCUGAGCAUUAGUGCAAAAGGUUUGAUGAUUUUUGAUAAUUUAGAUGUCGUCGUGCAGUUUGUAAACAAUGUUCAGAACAUAAGAUUAUUUAUAUAACAGAAACAGGUCCAAGUAAAAGACCUAGAAGAAUUUGUAAUUCUUGUAAAGAUGAAAGUGAUUGGAUCAAAAGAUUUAUUGAAUAAUAAAAGAUUGUUUUUGGAACUAAUACUUUUGCUGUCGAAUGGCUUAAGGCAUCAAAUAUUACUUUAGAGCAUGCUAAUUAAGUAAAGAUAUAUUAAUUACACAGGAAUAUGAAAAAGCAUAAAGCUCAAUAAAAGAAAAUAGUGAUUAUUAAAAAAUGAAGUCAGAAUUGAAUUCAGUCAUGAUUGAAUUAUGGUUGAAUCUUAACUUUUCUUUAAGAGAAUUCAUUACAUAUUUAAUUAAAGAUAAUGAACAUGAAUUAUUAACAUAGAAAAUCAGUAAAGUAUUGGGUUCUCUUUUACUUCAAUAUCCAGAAAUCGGGUACAGUUCAGAUUAAAUAUUGAUUACUCUAUUUUUACUGUGUUUCUCCUCUGAAGCAUCAGCAUAUGCAUUAUUAACUGUACUUUAUUCUAAUAUUAUUCCAUUUAAUACUUAUCCAUCUUAAUUAAAAAAGACUCCUUAUGAUUACCUUAAUGAAACAGAAAAAGUAUCUUAGGUUUUAGAGUAGGCAUUUAAACUUAAACAAAGUGAAGUGACUCUUGUUAAACCAUUUUUAAGAAACAGAAUUUCAAGAUACAUUUAACCUUUUGGUAUUAACUUCUUUCUUUUACAGACAAGUUUUUUCUUUUUUAAUCAAGUUCUUUUGGGUCCAACUUUAGGUUAUGAUAAUUAUUUAAAGUGUUUGGCAUCAUCAUUUUAUGUAUCUUUUGAUGAAAUAAAAUAAUUCAAUUAAUAAUUUGAAGAAAUUGAAGGAUAAAUUAUGAAAGGGGUUUCAUCUGGAAUGAUUGAGAAAAACUAUGUUUAAACCAAAUUAAUUAUAUUUUUAUCACAUUAAUAAGGAAUGACAUAAAGUGUAAUAGUUUCUAGACCAUUGGAAAAGAAUAAAGAAACUCAUUAAAUUAAGAUUGAAUUUAAAAAAGAUGAAAAUAUAUAAUAAAGAAAUGAAUAAGAUGAUGAUAUGCUUGAAUAUUCAGUUACUUAAUCUAAUGAGUUUUAGAAUUUAAGAAGAAAGACUGUCUAAAUAUCUUAAUAACCAUAAGUUGAUGAAGAAAAAGAGACUUUAAAAAAAUACAUAUUAUAAAUUGAAGAAUUAUUAAUGACAAAACACAAAUUAGUCACAGAAUUAUAAUUAUAAGUAAAAGAACUAUAAAAUUAACCAUUAUAAAUAAUCAAUCAAGAUGUAGAUUAGUAAUUAUUAGAGGCAAAUGAUUAAUUAAGGAAGAAAAUAUCUUUAUAAGAUUUAGAAAUAUAAAGUUUAUAAGAAUAAAAGAAAUAUUCUGAUAAAAUUUAAGAAGAUAAUUAAAAUAUUAUAAAUAAUUUACAAAAAUCAAAUUCAGAAAUAUAUGCAUAAUUAAAUGCUUAAAUCUUAUAAAAUAAAGAACUUUAAUAAUAAAUUUCUGAUCUUUAGUAGUUGUCUAAUUAAUAAUCUGAUAAUUCAAUGACAGCUUCUUAAGUUGAAAAGAAUUAUUAAAUUAAUAUAUCUUUAUAAUCAAAAUAAUCAGAAUAAGAAUUGACUUAACUAUUGGAUGAAGAUAGAUAAAAGAUAUUUUAAUUAGAAUUGUAAGUAAAUCAAUUAAAUAAAGAGUAUAUAGCAUUAUAAUAAUUGAAUUAAGAUAAACUAAGAAUAAUUGGAAAUUUGGAAGUAAGAUUAAUACAUGCAGAAGCUGCUAAAAGAGAGAAUGAAAAAUUUUAAUUGGAAAAUAUAGAUAUCAAAAAGAAAUUAUAAAAUCAUGAGUUAGUAAUUAUUUAAUAAACAGAAUAAUUAUAAUUACUAUAAUAAAGAUAUGAUUUACGUUGUUCAGAAAUAGAUGCUGUUAAAAAAGAGAAAUUUAAUUUAGCUGAAGAAUUAAGUUAAAAGGAUUAAUAACAUUCUUAAAUUCUCUAACCUAUAUAAAAAUAAUUGGCUGAUUUACAUAUUUCAUAUAAUUCUAUUUCAGAAUAAUUAAGUGAAGCAUUAUCAAUAAAUUAGAAAUUACAAUAAAUCAUUAUUGAAAAAGAUAAAGAAAUAUCUGAGCAUUAUAAAUAAUUAUCAGAAAGAGAUUUGAUAAUAGUUGCAUUAAAAGAAGCUGAUAUAUUAAUGAAAGAUAGAAUUUCAAAUCUAUAAAGAUAAUUAGAAGAAAAUCAAACUUAAUUACAUAAGAUUUAAUAAGAAUUAUAAACAAAUAAUGAUAGAUAAUUAUAAACUUAAAAUGAAGCAUCUAAAAAUAAAGAAUAAUUGUAAUAGCUAAUAAAUGAACAUUAAUUAUUAACAGAUCAACAUAGAUUAAUAAUAAUUGAAUUAGAUGAUUAUAAGGCUAAAUGGAUAAUUCUAAAUUAAGAUCAUACUACAUUAAGAGAAACACAUAAUAUUACUAUAAAUGAAUUAGAUUUAUUAAAAUAAAGAUUUGCUUAAUUGAAUAAUGAUCAUAAUACAUUAUAAGAAUAACAUAGAUAAAGUCAAAUUUAAUUUGAAUAAGAAAGAAAUAAUUCAGCUUAAAUUUAAGAGAAAAAUAGAAUCAUUGAUGAACUUAGCCAUCAAUUAAACAAAAUAGAGGAAACACAUUAAAUUACAAUUUAAAUACAUUUAACCAAAAUUUAAGAAUUAGAACUUAUAAUCAUAACACAUGAAAAAAAAAUGUUAGAAUUCAAAUCUUUGAGUGAAUAAUAAAAAAUUGAAAUUACUGAAUUAAUGGCUAAAAUAGCUUAAUUAGAAUCAGAUAGAGCUGAACAUAUUGCCAAAAAUUAAUCUCUAACUAUUUAAUUAACUGCUAACAUAGAAAAACUAAAUGAAUUAGAAAAUAAAAAAAAUAAUUUGGAAUAAGAACUUGUAUAAUUAUAAAAAAGAGUAUAAGAAUUAAAUCAUCAUAAUGGAGAACAGAAGGUUUUAAUCAUAUAAUUAGAAGAAAGAAUUACUUUGUUAAUAACUGAAGUUAAAACUAAAGAAGGUGAGAAUGUUAAAUUAAUUUAAUUAAUUGAAACUUAGAAAUAAUCUAUGAUUGAUUAUGAAGAAUUAAUAAGAAAAUUAAAAGCAUAAAUUGUAGAAUUAGAAAAACAUAACCUUAAAUUAAAGACAACCCUUAAACAUUAUAAGGAGCUAUCAAAAGAAAUGGCAGAAUUAGAUUGA